GGUCCGAAUGCUCAGGCACAUGUUUACCAAUGUUGCCUUCGGAGAGAGAGAUGAGACGAAGUUGAAGAGCUGGGCUCAUCAGAGGACAUCCAGAGUGUCGUAUCCUGGCAUGUAAGGACGUCAUCGUUGACCUCCUAGGAACAGCGAGGGGCGUCCAAGUGACACCGUGACCCGGUUACACGUUAUACCAUCAUGCCAACAGCCAAGUCUCGGUGACUGUGUGCUAACUGUCGCGACACAACAGUUUCACGUAACACUAUCCCCACAUGAGUCAUCAACCCUGCUGCCCCUUGUAUUCUAGGGAGCCGCUUCACAGGUGAGUGGGUAACCUGGGCAGGCUAGCAUCAAGGACUCUUCCUCGAACCCUGCUCAGACCUCUCACUCCCAGAGAUGAGCAGCUCUCAGCUCCUGAAGUACCCCUCCACGGACUCCACGUUCAGCCCUCUACCGUCCCGGGGGAUGCCCCCCACCUCCCCACCUCUCUCCCAGGCCCUCUCCGGCACCCCGUGGCCCCCGGUGGACUUUGCCCUGGGCGCGCUGGCCUGCUGCGGGGCCUGUGUGUUCACUAACCCCCUGGAGGUGGUGAAGACGCGGCUGCAGCUGCAGGGAGAGCUGCAGACUCGGGGGUCCUACCAGCGGCACUACCGCGGGGUGAUCCAGGCCCUGUGGGUGGUGGGGAGGACUGACGGGCUCCGGGGCCUUCAGAAGGGGCUGUCGGCCGGCCUGCUAUACCAGGGGCUGAUGAACGGCGUGAGGCUGGGCUUCUACUCCUACUGCGAGGCUUUGGGCCUGACGGCGGUCCACGGAGGGAGUCUGUUGUCAGGGGCGGUGGCUGGGGCCCUGGGGGCCGCUGUGGCCUCUCCUGCUUAUCUGGUGAAGACACAUCUGCAGGCUCAGACAGUGAAGGCCAUAGCAGUUGGCCAUCAGCAUAACCAUCAGGGGGUGUCCAGUGCCUUUGCCACUAUUUACCGGCGGGAGGGCUUGCUGGGUCUGUGGAGGGGGGUGAACGGAGCGGUACCCCGGGUGAUGGUGGGGUCCGCUGCCCAGCUGGCCACCUUUAGCUCCACCAAGGAGCAGGUGGCAGCUCACCAGUGGUUCAGUCCAAACAGCUGGCUGAUCACUCUGACAGCCGCUAUGAUCAGCGGGGUUGCUGUGGCGAUCACCAUGACGCCGUUUGAUGUCAUCAGCACACGCCUCUACAACCAACCCGUCGAUGAGCUGCACAGAGGUCGACUGUACCACAGCUUCUCUGACUGCAUGGUGAAGGUGUGUGGGACAGAGGGCAUGCUGGGACUGUACAAAGGCAUGGGCCCUGUUUUCAUCCGCCUGGCCCCCCACACCAUCCUCAGCAUGCUGCUGUGGGACCUGAUGAGACAGAAAGCCUUCCAGGACCACUGGUGACGAGGCGGACCCUCUGGGCCCCCUGGGGGAGGACAUGGGCCCACCUUUGGACAGAUGAAGAGGACAACCCGUCCUCUCUCUAGAUGACGGGGGCGGGGGGGGGGGGGGUUUGGGGAACAAAAGGGGAUCAUAUUCAGUGAUGACCAGUUGAACUCCUGAGUAGCACUUCAAGUUCGCCUGAUGGAGUGUUUAAGUUUUCUCCUUUGACAAUGUCAGAAGUCACUGAAGGCUGUGGAAAGGAUGGUCCAAUUCUAAUGGGAGCAUUUUGGAUCACCAAGGCUAUGUAUAUUGUUCCCUAGUAUUUAUACUCAUUCAUAAAUAUUGCCUUGUUGUCUUUUCAAGCCUUGAAGACCAAAAUGCUGUAUGAGAACUCUUCUAGAUGUAAUGAGUAAAUCACCGUAAUUACUUAACUCAAGUACAGAUGCAAAUUACAGAUGUUAUAAAUUUUUGUUUUGCAAAAUUUGAAUUGGUUUCUUUUCUUUGCUCAUAACUGCACGGUGACAGGAGUGGAGGACUGACCUCCAAACUGAAUUAUCUUUGUGUGAUCGUGCAACCAAGAAUACUCCAUCGUUAAUGCCAUUAUCAAGAGAUCAUUUGUUAUCUGAGUCAAAUCAACCUCCUGAGAAUUUCCCCUAAUUAGGCCUGUUUUUGUAUUUUUAGAAUGACACUAUUUAUAAACUGCUGUGAGUAGCUCUGCUAAGUGGCCCAGCUCGUGUCACAGGCAGCCUCUGAUCUUUAUGAUGAGGACCAGUGAUCAAUAGAACACAACUGAGGGAAAAGGCACUAUGACAGCUUCCUGUAACAAGUGUUCGCCACUUUAAAUGGACCUGAAGUUCCUUUCAGCUGAGCAUUAAACUGAGGGGUUUUAGAAUCUUUCAUGUAAAUAAAAAAAGAAAAACUGGA